AUGGCGACUACGAACACAUUUCAGAAGCCCAGCUCUCCCCCUGAGAGCUCCGAUGAGGGGGAGAGCGAUGAAUUUUCUGACGAGUUUGAGGACCUACCAACUGCCGAGAAACUCGUGUCUGCCAGCGAGGAGCUCAGGGUCAUCGCUUCUGCCGAGAAAACUCCUGACAGUGACAAGGCCGUCAGCAGUGAACUUCUGAGAAGUGCUUUGCUCGACCAAGUCUGUAGGGGCACCAUCCAUGGUGAUGCUACUCCCAACAACCUCCUUGCUGAGGACAGCGAAGCGUUCUUAUCAUCAUUGACAAACGCUGACCCAAGAAGGAUCCGCACCCAAACUGAGUUGCUCUGCCAACGCCUCGGCUUAGGCAGGCCUCAUGUGCAUGUCAAUAAGCAGACGCUCACGUCGGCCGUCAGGAACGCCGCCACGGACCCCGAUGCUUCUAUUAUGUCGGUCGAUUUUGGUAACCAUCCAUUUUUUAUGAGGCACGAAUCGUGGUCGGGGCCGACGGGAUGGACUUGUCGCGUUCCUAGGCGUAACACCGACUUCUGAGAGUCUUGUGACUCUCAAGUCCUUCGGAUAGGCAAAAACAAUUGCUGCUUGGUCGACGAAUGAAAUUCCAUUUUGACCAUAAACUUUCUU